CCCUCAUUGAAACAGUCUGAAACCGAUAGUCAGGACGCUAGGCAAAAAAGUAAAGGCUGGAAAAACGUGUGCCAGCUAUAUAGAACAGACAAUCGACUAAAGAUUCUGCAAGUUUUGUGCCAAAUGCCCAAUCCGAACACGUAUUUGUAACCAAUGGAUGUCACAGUCGCAUUGAUGUGGCUGUCCGUCACAACGUAUUGUAUAGCAGGUGAUGAAGGGGUUCACAUUCCAGGAGGUAAAAUGACGAUGGGUACGAACGCAGCGGACGGCAGAGAUGGAGAAUCGCCAACGAAAGAAGUCGCUGUCGGAACCUUUAGAAUGGAUAAAUACCCCGUCACUAACUCUUACUUCAGAGAGUUUGUCAGGGCACAGAAGUACAAAACAGAAGCUGAGACCUUUGGCUGGAGUUUUGUGUUUCAGGACUUUGUGUCAGACGAGCUGAAGAGUAAGGUUACUGAAAAAAUUGAGUCUGCACCUUGGUGGCUGCCAGUGGAGCGGGUGUUUUGGAGACAGCCUGCAGGGCCUGGUUCUGGGAUCCGGGAUCACCUGGACUCCCCAGUGGUUCAGGUAAGCUGGAACGAUGCACGGGCCUUCUGCCACUGGAAAGGGAAGAGACUUCCAACGGAAGAGGAGUGGGAAUGGGCUGCACGUGGGGGCCUGCAAGGGCGGACAUAUCCAUGGGGAAACAAGUUCCAGCCCAACAGGACCAAUUUAUGGCAGGGUCUGUUCCCUGAUGGAGACAAGGCAGAGGAUGGGUACCAUGGUCUGUCUCCAGUCACUGCAUUCCCACCUCAGAACAGCUAUGGGUUGUAUGACAUGAUGGGAAAUGCAUGGGAGUGGACGGCCACGCCCUUUCCUGGAGCUCGACCAAUGUAUGUCCUCCGAGGCGCUUCCUGGAUUGAUACUUCAGAUGGAUCAGCCAAUCACAAGGCUCGAAUCACCACCAGGAUGGGGAACACUCCAGACUCAGCCUCUGAUAAUCUGGGCUUCAGGUGUGCUGCCAGCCAAGACCAGAAACCAGAGAAAAAGAAGAAGAUGAAAACAGAGCUGUGAUAGGACAGGAUUUAACAUGGAUGAGGAGGUCAAAUGGAUUCAAAUAUACAUGUAGAAAACAACUGCAGUUUUGGCGUUCAUGGUGAUGGAUGCAGGGAGGGAUGUAAACCUUUCUCCUGUGGAGACCUGAGGUUAAAAAAAAAAGACGACUUUUUCUAUUACUGUGACAUAAAGAAUAAUAAAAUAUGCUCUUGUUUUUAUGCUUUA